AUGACCCACCAUAACCAACAAUAUUUUUCCUAUAUAUAUUCAAGCACAAUAUUCAAAGCCAAAGCAUAUCCAUCAUUUGUGUAACUCUGAAAAUCUUACAAGAACCUAUAGAACCAAUAAACUCAACUAUGGCUUGUUGGUCUGCAGAAAAUGCCACAAAGGCCUAUCUUAGCACUUUAAAAAUGGGUCAAAAAGCCAAAGAACCAAACGUAGCUGAGUUUAUAUCAGCACUAGCAGCAGGAAACAAUGCACAAAUGAUGAUUGUAGCAUGUGCUACUGUUGCAGAUUCCACCACACUAGCUUUAAUUGCUGCUGCUAAUCAAACUGGUGGAAAAGUGAUUUGUAUUGUCCCAAACCAUAAAGUUCUAAGAGCAUCCAAACAUGUUUUAGGAAAAGCUUCUCAUCAAGUGGAGUUCAUAGUUGGAGAAGCUCAAGAAGUGCUUGUGAUGGAUGAAUAUGAAGGAGCUGAUUUUUUGCUUAUUGAUUGUAACAUUGAAAACCAUGAAGAGAUUCUCAAGGCAAUUGAGGAGGGUAGAAAGGUAAAUGAUGGUGCUAUUGUUGUAGGGUAUAAUGCAUUUAGUUGCAAAGGGUCAUGGUUGUCAAGUGGAUCCAAGACUCAGCUUUUGCCUAUUGGAGAAGGGCUUUUGGUGACUAGAUUUGGGAUGGUUGAGAAUAGUCCAAAAUAUGGAACAAGUAGAACUAUGGGGAAGGUUAAAAGUCAUUGGGUGGUUAAGGUUGAUAAAUGCACAGGGGAGGAACAUGUGUUUAGGGUUAGAUCUCCUCAAGGAAAAGUUAUUCAAGCUUAAUUGAUUAUGUGACUUAUUUUUGUACAAAUUAGUAAAACAAAAUUAGGUUAAGAGUUU